UCCUGUCUCAUAAGGCACUAGGGCCCGGCCCAUCUCUCUACCUCUCUUCCCCACUGAGCAGGCAAAGGAGGAGAAAUUCUCUAUAAGCCUGUGCACCUGGGGCUGGUGGCCUGCAGAAGGGUGUCUGCUGCAGGUGUCUCCGCCACCCAGCCAUGGCCCGCAUCAUCGACCUGGUGCCCUGGGAGGAUGGCUCCACCCACAUGUACACAUCCCCAGCCAUCCUACUCCCCAUGCCCCCGAGGCGCAACCAGCUGGCCGGCGUGAAGCAGCAGCUCUACCACCCGGCCCUGCCCAGCCUGCGCCGCAUGGACAUGGACUCUGUCAAGGCCUGCCUUUCAGACGAGCACUGCCAGUCCACCACCUACUGCCGCAAAGAUGACUUUGAUAAUGCCUACUUCACACUUCUCGGUGUCCCCAACAAACCCCUGCAGUGCUUGGACAUCACGGAGACCGGCCAGAGGCUCCGAAACAGGUACCACGAGGGAAAGCUGGCUCCCAUUGCACCGGGCAUCAACAGGGUCGACUGGCCCUGCUUCACGCGCGCCAUCGAGGACUGGUCCCGAUUCGUGUCCUCCGCGGGAGAGUUCAAGCUGCCCUGCGCGAGUAAGAAGGUCGAGAGCUUCAGCGGCUAUGCGGUGCGGUACUUGAAGCCGGAGGUGACCCAGAGCUGGCGGUUCUGUCUUAACCAGAAUCCCAGUCUGGACCGCUAUGGACAGAAGCCCCUGCCUUUCGACUCCCUGAAUGCUUUCCGACGUUUCGGCUCCAACUACAGUCGUGUCAACUAUCUGACCCCCUGGCAUUAAUCUGUGAAAAGGAGGCUGACACCCAGGCUGCCUAACUGUGCCACUCAUGUUCCCCAGCAGGACAAGGGUAUAUGGUGGCCAUACCCAUUUCCCUAAGUAGAAAUAAACCUUACACUCCACAGGGAGGCACCCAA